CAAUACAAGCAACUAUUGCAUAUAUCCAAACAACUUCAAAAUUAUGGAUACUUAAAAUAGAAGAUUUAGAUAAUAGUUUUUAUUAUAAUAUGGCACCUAAGCUAGAUUUUGCCAAGUAUGAAAUCAAAAUGAUAGAAUAUGAAGAAGAUUAUUUAACAGUUGAAUACAAAAGUAUUGAAUCAAAAGUCAUAAAAGAUUAUGCUGGAUUUAUGGUAUUAACAUAUUUUAAAAAUUUGGCCAAAGUACUCAAGCAUCCUGAUAUACCAAAUAUAGUUAUGGCUUAUUUACUCAGUCUUAAUAUCUCAGAUUGGAAUCCACAAGAUAUUCCUACUACUAAAAUGAAAACAGAUAUAAUAAUUUUUUAUAUACCUGAAAUUGUUACAUCUUCUGAACCAGAAAAAAAGAUAACAGAACCAUUAACUACUAAUCAUAUCAAAAAAAAUAAAGAGAAGCAAAGCUUUGAUGUUUCACAUUAUAUAUUACUUGCUUCUAUUACUAACACAAUCCAAGACCUUUUUGAUUCUAUAUCAAAUGAAAGUUUAGUUGCUUCAUCAUCUAAGUCUACUGAUAUAUCUAUGACUCUAGAGAUCAAACAUAUAGAACUAUCAGAUGAUAAAUCUAAAUCUUCUGAAAUCUCUCUUGACUUAUCUGUAAACAAUACUGUAAACAAUAAACUAAAAACCAGUAACAAAGUAUCUUCCCAGCAGAUAUUAUACCUACUUAGAUAUCAAACCAGAGAGCAACAAGAAAUAUAA